AUGUCAACAAGCAUCCUCCAACGAGACGAGGCGCUCCCUCCCGACGAGGACAUCGGUCCCGCCUCCGUUGCAACCGCGGCCGUCCUUACCGCACUUAUGAUCAUCACCACCAGUGCUCGAAUAUGGGUUCGAGCAGCGAAUCGAAAGCUUGGCUGGGACGACUGGACGAUUCUCAUAGCGAGUGGGGUCUCGAUUGUACGGUUUGCGUUCGUGGUCAAGCAACAACAGUACGGCAACGGCAGACACCGCGUCUAUCUCAGCGACUAUGACUACAUGAUGAUCAACAUGUACGGGUGGUGGGGUCAGAUUCUGCUAUUCCUCGCAGUAGCCUUUCUGAAGGUGUCGAUCUGUCUCCUUAUUUUGCGGAUCAAAGACACCAAAGUCCUAAAGAUCCUGCUAUACACGAUCAUGGGAGGAGUCUUGGUUUCGAACUUUGGAGUGGUCAUUAUUUUGGUUGCGGAAUGUCAGCCUGCGGGUUUCUGGCGAGGGAAGUCUGCAAAAUGUUGGCCAACACAGAUUCGAAUUUACUCGAUUUGGGCUACAAUCGGGGCAUACUGCAUUGCCGGAAUCUGGUCAAACCUCGAGCUCUUCCUGGGCAUCAUCGCAGCGAACCUGGCCCUCUCGCGGUCGAUAUGGGUCCAUUUCUUCGGGAGCAACGACUCCCACGCGAUCCCUGGCUCAACCGGCCGUUCAAAUCCCACCGAGUCGGGUUAUGUCAACAGCAAACUCCGAGGCGACCAGUUCGAAGUGCCAUCGACAAUGCCUGGUAUCCAGAAAAAGACGGAAUUCUGGUGGACGGAGGACGAUGAAAGCCAGUCACAAACGCCGUUCAAGAGGUGA